CGCCCCUCCGGCACACCGCGCAUGCCGUCUGCGCAGCCGGCGUCCAGCUUAUAAAUGCUACCCGCCGGCCGGCGUGUACGUCACUUAGCAACUGAGAGCCGCUGAGACAACUAGUGCUUGCUUGCCAGUGGAAGAAGAGUGUGUCGCCUACACUUUCUCUUUGCACUGUCGGUUCGGUCGCCAGUGUUUUCCGAGCUUUCUUCGAGUGUUGUUGCCGCCGUUUAGUGUGGAAAUAGCGAGUGCCGCCGACGUCCGUGGAACCGGCCGUCGCUGAGAAGUUUGUGCCAGUGAGAAAAGUGUUUCGUCUUCAGUCUUACAGCGCCAUCGCCGGAGACAAGAUGACCCUCGAGGACGUCGCCAACAAGGAUUCGCCAAUGGCUAACAGAAAGAAGCUGUGCCAGACGGUUCGCUGCAUGCUGCGGCGCGCGCAGGCCGAGAAGCGGCUCGCCUGCGGCCUGCUACCUGCCAUCAAGCUGCUGGAGUCCGACCCAGGUAGCGUGCUGUUCUGCGUGCUGCCGCAGACGGCGCAGGGCGACUCGGCCAUGCACCACAUCCACACGGUGCUGCUGCAGGCCUUCUGCUACGAGAACGACAUCAACAUCAUCGAGGUGGACAGCGCCGAGCGCGUCAGCUCCAUGGUGGCGCCGGCGGGCAAGAAGCCGCGACCCAACCUGGACACGCGGUGCGUGCUCGUGUUGCAGCCGCAGGAGUCGCCGCCACAGCAACGCCUGAGCGACGCCGAGGAGGAGCUGGUUCGCUGGUGCGACGCGCAGCCGCAGCCCGCGGUCAUCAAGCUGCCCGCGCUGUGAGGGGCCGGCCGCAGUCUUCUCUAGCAAUCAGAG